CACCUCUCGAGACCACCGUGAGAGUACAGACUUUCGCUUCUUCACAACCAUUGUUUCAGCCGACUUCAACGAGUGCAAAAAUUUAAUAGACGACUACUUUGCAUCAUGGAUCACUUCCCCGGAACUUGGGGUCGCCCUAGAGACGAUGUUUACGGACCUUACGACCACUCCUACCUUCAGUCGACUGGUCCCAAAACCCAUACACAGUCACCCGCAGUAACCGGAACGUCAGUUGUGGCAGUGAAAUUCAAUGGAGGCGUGGCGAUGGCCACUGACAACCUAGCAUCAUAUGGCUCUCUCGCAAGAUUUACUGACGUUAAACGUAUCCGUGUCUUCGACGAAUCCGCCAUUAUUGGCUUUGGUGGUGAUGUGUCCGACAUGCAACACAUCGACCGUCUUCUUGGUUCCAUCCAGAUUAGAGAAAACUACUCAUCAAAUGGAAACACACUGAACGCAAAAAACCUUCACACCUAUUUGUCUAAAGUUUUCUACAAGCGCCGGUCCGAGAUGAAUCCGUUGUGGAACCACAUUCUUGUGGCAGGGUUUGAUGGCGAUAGCAAGCCAUUUCUCAGCUCUGCAGACCUUCUGGGAACUACCUAUACGGCGCCACAUCUCGCGACUGGCUUUGGUGCACACUUGGCUAUCCCGAUACUCCGUCGCUUGUUUCCGGAAGAUACACCGAUUGAAAACAUCUCCAAGGAACAGGCCGUUCAAGCGUUGAGGGAUUGCAUGAAAGUUCUGUUUUACCGAGAUGCACGAAGCUUGGAUCAAUACUCUAUUGCGAUAAUUACUGAAGAUGGUGUUGAGCUCAAGGAGAAUGAGAAACUUGAAUCUCAAAGCUGGGCAUUUGCCGAGACUAUUCGUGGAUAUGGAACCCAGGUCAAUUAACCGCCCGGUAGAAGUUGAUGCAUGCCGCUUGGGAAAAGAGUGUCUACAAUAUUACAAUAUAACGA